UGCAUGUACACAGGACAGCUCUGGGUGGGGGGGUGGCUCCCUCUCUACCAGAAAGAGAAGAGACUCUAAACCACAAGAAACUCUGAUCAGGGCACAAGGCGCCACUCAAAUCUGCACAAGCUUAUCCUGGUUUACUGUGCUUUUCCUGGUAACCUCCCCGUAACCGGACCCCCCGCGCCUUUCUGCCUUUUGUCUCUAGCUGAAGAAGGCAUUUCAGCCAGUGGCUUGAGCCACUCUUUUCUGGGUGUCUCCCGUGGAUGCGUCUUAGUCAACUUCCGUUUGUGUUUCUUUUGUUAUUCUGUCUUGUAUUGCAGGGCUCUCAGCCAAGGAAUGCAGAAGGGUAGAGGGAAAAUUCUUGUUUCUCCCCCACAACCAUCUCUGUCCUCUCCGGAAACACCAGGCCUGUCACUCUGAGAAGGGGACUCAGGAUCCUGGCUCAGCACCAGACCUUAGCUAUUGACCAAGGCCCCUGGCUGCCCUGAUGGGGCAGAAAUGAGACACAGCUCCCAAGAGGAAGGACGGGCCCUGGUCUUGGGGAGGAGAGGAGGGGUGAGAAGGGCAGGGACUGGGCCGAGGGACCGGCCAGAGCUGAUCCCAGGAAGGAGGACCACCCUCCAGAACAGGCCCAGAGCCAUGUCAGUGCCCGAGAGAGGCGAGCGAGAAAGAGACAACUCAGACCACACAUCCGCAGUUCUGCCCCCUGGGAUGGGGUCUUCUGCAUCCUGCUGUGUUCUGGGCAGGAUAACCAUCUACUUGGGCCGCGGUCCUUAGGAGAAGACUUCUUCACAGCAAACCUGGAGAGGAAGAAAGGCCUGGAAGGGGAUCAGGGCAUGGCGCAGGCGGGAGGUGUCCCCUGGCCCGGGGCAGCCCCGGGCCAGCCCUGCGUGUUCAAGCUGGUCCUCUUGGGAAGUAGCUCUGUGGGCAAGUCCAGCUUGGCUCUCCGGUACGUGAAGAAUGACUUCAAGAGCAUCCUGCCCACCGUGGGAUGUGCGUUCUUCACGAAGGAGCUGGAGUUGGGCGCCGUGGCUGUGAAACUGGAGAUCUGGGACACGGCCGGCCAGGAGAAGUACCACAGCGUCUGCCGCUUGUACUUCAGGGGCGCCAGUGGGGCCAUCUUGGUGUACGACAUCACCAGGAGGGAUUCCUUCUGCAAAGCCCAGCAGUGGCUGCAGGACCUCGAGAGGGAGGCACCCCCGGGGGAGGUCGUGGUGAUGCUGGUUGGCAACAAGACGGACGUUGGCGAGCGGCGGGAGGUGACGUUCCAGGAAGGGAAAGAGUUUGCGGAGAGCAAGAAGUUGCUGUUCGUGGAGGCCUCGGCCAAACUGAACCACCAGGUGACUGAGGUCUUCAGCACCAUAGCCCAAGAGCUGCUGCAGAGAGAAGACAGGAAGAAGGCCCAGCUGCAGAGGGGAGAUGCAGGGCUGGCUCUGAAGGGGGCACCUGCCGGGCAGGCCGGAUGCUGUGCCCACUAACAGCAGCCGCGCC